AAUAUAUUUAUAGACAUAAAAUCAUAAUUCUUUUUAUCAAGAAAAAAAAACUUUAAGAAUAUUACACAGCUGUGAAAAGAAGUUUGCUGACGUGGCAAACACCAAUCAACUAUUCAAUGAUUGAUCACUGAUUCCCCUUCCACCAGUUCAUGCUGACGUUAUUUUUGCGUCUGUGACGCCGCCGUUCCUUUUUCGCUUUAAUAACUACUCAAACAAAUCAAAUUAUUUUCCCUAGUCCUAUAAAAUAAUAAAAAUUAGUUUAGAAUAAUUAUUUUAUAGAGAUAUUGACUCAGUCUUUGACCAAAAAAAGUAGAGAUAUUGACUCAGUUAAUAAACGUCUCUAAAAUUUGAACUCAAAAACUUACAAACCUAGUUACAUGUAUGAAUUACGAUAUGUUAGCAUCUUAUCUGAACUGAAGUUUAAAUCAAAACAUGUAUCCAAUAUAAAUUAACGCAAAAAAAUCAUUUGUUGAAGAACUUAGAUAAUCUAAAGAUCGAACUAGUAGACGAAACAGAAGAUUAACGCAAAAUCGUUUCAACGAAAGGUCGUAUCAUUACACAGUAGGAUAAACAUAACAAACAGGGGAUGACAUGUGUAAGCAAGACAUAUGCCGUUGUCUUGUCGGGUGCGCUUAAACCACCUGAGACGCGUUUUUUGUAGGUUGAUCAAAUAUGGAAAUAAAUAACACAAGAUGACUGUUACAAUAAGUAAUUUCUUGCAACUGAUUAUAUCUGAUUUUAUCCCUCAUAAUAACAAUGUGAACCUUAAAGAUAACACUACAGUUAAAAUGUAAGAAGAGUUACUUCUAAUGGUAUAUACAAUUAUACACACAAAGACAAUUAGUCUAGUACUAAUAAAACGAUUUAAAUAACAAUGAUCGGGUGAGUAUACGAGCAAUAAGAAUAAAUUGAUCUUUCUUGGAGGAUACGUGAAAUAAAAAAGAGAGGUUAAUGACAUUUAACGUCAUCGCAUCAUCAUUGCUCCACCUCUCCUCUAUUUAUAGUCUUUUAAUCAUUUAUUUUUGUUUCCUCUCCACUCUUUUCACAUUUGGUCCCUUUCAUUCUUCGUCUUUUAGGGAAAGAUCGUCUCUCCAGAGAGCCGAAAACAUAAACGUGUGAAGAAGCAAAGUACAGAGACAAGAACAAAUUAAAGAUGGGGCAAUGUUCGUCGACGACAAAAAUGAACAGAAAAAGAAAGAGAGGAGAAGAAGGUUGCAGAGAAUCAAUGAAAAGGAGUAGAGGAUGUUUAAUGAUGGUGAAGGAGAAGCGUUCUAGGUUUUAUAUCGCCAGGAGAUGUAUUCUUAUGUUGCUUUGUUGGCACAAAUACGCCAACUCUUGAUAAAUGAGGUUUGUGUUAUUAUUACAUGAAAAAAGAUAAACGCGUAUGUACAUACUUGUAUUCGAUAUUGAUAACGCUUUUUGUCUCCACUGCAUUGUUUUUUUUGUUUUUGUUUUUGAGUUUGAUAGUUUCGUGUAGCACUGUGAUUUUGGUUUAUUCGGUUUAUUUGGUUUUAACUUUGUUUUUAAAGUUAUGAUAUUUUUUACUAAGUUCGGUUAUUUUGGUUAAAAUCAGACUUUUGGUUGGCUCAGUUAGUUUAUUUUGGUUAAUUUUGAAAACGAACUAAUCGAAAAUCCAAACAAAAAAUUCAAUGAAAAUUUUGGUUGGUAGAAACGCUAUUACACUGUAAUUUUAAUUAAAGAACCACAGAAAAAAAAAACUGAAUAUCCUUAUUAUUUUGUUGCCUCCACAGUCCACACAUUCUAUUUUUUGGACCCCAAACAAAUACAGUUUGACAACAAAUCAUAAAAGAAUAAAUAAAAACAACAAAAGUUACAAAAUGUACAACUUCACACAACAUUGAGAACAUUACAACAUUUAAGUGG